AUGGCUGCCCUAUACAGGUUCAUCUCAAAAGCCUCGGACAAGGGUUUGCCCUUCUUCAAGGCCUGCCCGAAAUCAAAGGAGCUCAUAUGGGAAGAUGAGCAAAAAGUAGCAUUCCAGCAGCUCCGGGAACACUUGGCAAACCUCCCGACACUGGCAAGGCCAGCUGAAGGAGAAGUCUUGUACCUGUAUGUGGCAGUUAGCCCUGCUACAGUGAGUGUGGUGCUGUUGAAGGAAGAAAAAAAGGUUCAGCAACCGAUCUACUUCGUCAUUCAUACUUUGACUGAUGUCGAAACGCGCUACCCUCUGCUCGAAAAAGUUGUAUAUGCAGUGGUAGUGGCAGCUCGGAAGUUAAGGCCUUACUUUGACUCACAUCAAAUAGUGGUCUUAACAGAUCAACCGCUGGAAAAGGUCCUCGGCAAGGUGGAAAAAUCAGGUAGACUAACAAAGUGGGCCUUCGAGCUCACCGAUUUCAGCAUAAGCUACCAGCCGAGGGCAACAAUUAAGGCCCAAGCCCUAGCAGACUUCCUAGCCGAGUGUUCCUACCAGGAAACACUCGACGAAGGGAAGGGGACUUGGGCUGUGUUCACGGAUGGCUCAGCCACCGUAAAUGGUUCAGGAGCUGGGGUGGUAAUCACCACUCCCGAAGGUAGAAACUUCGAGUAUGCACUCAAAUUCUCAUUUAAGGCUUCUAACAACGAAGCAGAAUACGAAGCAGCAGUUGCUGGCUUGGAACUGUGCAUAGCUCUCGAAGCCGAACAUGUCUGUUUGAAGACAGACUCUCAGCUAGUCGCUAAUCAGAUUCGGGGCGAGUAUGAGGCCAAGGAGCCUUCCAUGAUCUCCUAUCUUGCCAAGAUCAAAUCAGUCAUAGCGAAAUUGAGAACUUUUGAAAUUGAGCUGAUCCCAAGGGUCUGCCAUCCUCAAAGUAAUGGUCAGGCCGAAGCUGCAAAUAAACAGAUACUCAACGCUCUUAAGAAGAGAGUUGAAGAUCAAAAGUCCAAGUGGAUAGAAGAGCUUCCUGAAACUCUAUGGUCACUUCGGACAACUGAAAAAGAGGCCACGGGGCAUUCGCCUUUUGAAUUGGUGUAUGGAUCCGAAGCCGUUCUGCCAGUGGAAAUUGGCUCAGAAAGUCUCCGAGUUAAUCAGUUCUCAGCCGAAGAAAACGAGCAUCUCAUGAAAGAGUCCCUCGAUUUCUUAGGCGAAAUUCAAGAUUCGGCAAGGGACAGAAUGGCAGCAUACAAACAGAGAAUCAGCAAGUUCUACAACCGAAGAGUCCAGUCAAGACUCCUCAAGGUUGGAGACCUUGUUCUUUGGAAUGCUGCCACUGUUCAGAAAACAACAUCCAUGGAAAACUCUCAGCUAACUGGGAAGGGCCUUAUGAAAUAUAUGAUGAGCUCCAACCAGGGACUUAUCGUCUCUGGCAGUUAG